AUUUCGUUAAAAAAUUUGAUAAUCGUUUCGAAUUGCAACAGAAAAAUAAUUUGGACUAGAAUGUGGGUGGACAAUUACCGUUGGCACUACGAUUACACUCGAUUGGCAUGGGACACCGGAUUUUGCUUCGAUAAAUUCAAGUACCCCAAUUUGGAUAAAAAUAAAAUUUGUUUAAUUGAUAUAGAUCGAAUAAUAAAAGAGAGGGACGUGGCAUCUGUGGACAGAAAUAUUUCUACUGUUGUACAAUAUGUUUUAGAAAACGAUCAAGCAGAAGUUCUCGACGUCAAUUUUGUCAAAGUCUUCCGAUUAAGCCAAUUAUCUGUAGAAUAUUUGCUAUUUUGCAAAAAGUACUUAGAUAAAACGGUCGUUUUACUUAAAAAGGAGCUCAAUAAAUUGAAAGAGGAAAUAAAAGAACUGAAAAUACAGAAAGAACUCGAAUCGCACAUAUCGUCUUCAUCAUCGAGAAACACCCCUUUGACUACGCUCAAAUGCGCAAUAUGUUCCAAAAUAGUUUCUUCCGAAGAUCAUUUGACUAGCCACAUAAAUAAAAGACACAACGGAGGCUUGCAUAACAAAUUCGGCGUGAAUUCGGAGGCAGAGAAGUUGCAAUCGGAGAUAAAGGAGCUGAAAGAACGAUUGAAUAAUACUGAAAAGUUCAUACAGGAGAAACCUACUGAAAAAGAAAUAGAUAUUUAUCAAAGUCCAUUGAGAGUGGUUCAUAAAGACAAUGACGACAGAACGACUAAGCUCGUUGGUGAAAUUCAGGACAGCUUUGAGAAAUUCCGCAGGCAAGUCGAAGAUAAAAUGUCCAAUUUGCAAACGGAGAAGAGCUUUUUCACCGAAAAGUACGACAAACUCUUCGAAAUCGUGCUGCAAUUUAAAAACAAAGAACAAGAACCCGUAAAAGCCGAGGAAAGUACCCCCAAAAAGAGCGCGAUCGAGCAACCCAAAAUCGAGAAUACUACUCAAACUUCGGAACAGGAGGAUAAAAGACAAAAAGCUAAAAAUUUCCAAGUUUAUACUGUACAUCACGAUGUUAUCGGUAGUAAACCGGAGCAACUCGAUGAAGCAGUGGCCACAGAAGAGAAGAUUGACGAGAAAAUCGAAAGAAAGUUGAGUAACUUCGAAGAAACCAUCGAAACCAAGAUUUCAACGGGUUUCGGCAACAUCGAGAACCAAAUUCAGGCCUUUUGGGAGAAACUUUCCGAAGUGGAAAUAGCACAUUCCAAAAUCGGAGAUCACGGUUUCGAAGCUACCAUCCAAGCGAUCCCAUUGGAACGAUUUCCGGAAAAACCCAAAAUUAAACCUAGAACGAAGUUAACCAAACAAACGUCUAAUAGCCCGGAAAACUCGUCGAGAAAUGCCAAGAUGGUCAAGCAAGAAUUGGAUAAAUUUUUGGCUGAAAAUGUCGAAUCUCAAUCUCCAUCGCCAUCCGAAGAAGUUAAAUCCCCCGUCAAAUUCGAAUCGAAGCCUACUGUUGUUAAAUCGGCAGUUAGUAACAUGUACGAGUCUACCACUGAAGAUGAUAUCUCCGAUGAAGAAGAGUUCGAGGAGUCUGUGGUUUCUGAGUAUGAUAACCUCAGCAAACCUAGCAAUGUUGUAACUUUGGUAAAACAAAAAGAUUCUCUCUCAAGAAGCGGAAAUAAAUCUGUGGAAGAUAAAAAUUUAGCAACUUCAACGAUUUCUAAAAUUAGGCAAGUGAAGAGCUCGAUUUUAAAAAGAACUCCGCUUGCUAAAACAGUUAAAAAAGAUGAUACGGUCAAAGAAAUAGAAAAAUUAAAAACCAAACUUAAUGAAUCUAUUAGCCUAGGUCUACAAGAAAUGGGCAUAAGUCCAUUAUGGAAGGGUAUACCAAAGAAAACCUUCGAAAGGGGAAUGGAAGUUGUAAAACAUCAAUCGUUUCUGUCUAAAAAGAAUCAUCCUAAUUACGAUGCGUUAAGACAAGAUAUUGAAAAAUCACUAAAAUCUAGUAAGGAAAUAAAAAAGACGAGGAAGAAAAGGCAAUAUUUACCUAGUAAUAAAAGUCCACAUAAAUCAAAGGAAGCAAAACGAAAUGUGGUAAAAUUACAAAUACAUAAAUCUGAUCCAUUAGAAUCCGAAUCAAAACCAGAUUCCGCCAUAACGAUUAAAAAUCGUUCCCUCUACGACACGGAAAGCGAAACGGACAUGAAAUCGUACUUGCCGAAGAAUUUCGACCAGAAGAAAGUCCACAAUGCAGUCAUCGAGGAGCUGCAAUCCAAGUUUUCCAGCAACAAAUCGCAGAAUACCGAUUCUGACGUAAAUUCCGCCGGUCUUCCGAGCGAUAAGGACGACAAGAAGGAGCAGAAUGUUCUGGAAACGAAAAGCUCGAUUAAAACCGCCGCUGCAGAGGGAACGCACGUGAAGAAGAAGGUGCUUUUUGAUGUCGAAGAACAUAAGGAAGAAAAGAGUACAGUGAAAGAUGACAGUUUUUCCGAUUUCGAAUUAUCCGAUUAAUUCAUUUUGUUUAUUUAA